AGAGUGCUCGGUCCGACACCAGUCAAGGAACCAGCUGAGGCCUGUGGCGAACGAACGAUCCGAGCGCCUCUGCACUCAGGACUCGGAGCUGGGCUGGAAGUCGUGCACUCGUGCGAGUCCCGCGAGAGACGGCCAGUGUGUCGCAAGUGCGCCGCAAAGUUACGUUUUGAGAGCCGUUCUAUUCGAUUCUCCCGAUCGUAAAGUGAAUUCGAAUUGUUCGGACCAAGCGGUCGGUACGAAACAUCGUCGCCCGUGGCAAUUCGUAUAUUUCCGGUGUGCCGAAGCGGUGUCGAGUGCCGCGAAACCAUGAUUUCAGCUCCUUAGAGCCGAACAGUUUCCGUGGUGUGCCCGAAGACAGAACGCGUCCCGACCGUUCUCCGCGAUCUUUCUUUCACCGUUCGUUUUGUUUCCCGAGCAACAUGUAUUCAGACGGCCACGAGGUGGACGGCAGCUGGGUGCUGCGUGUCUACGUGACUGAUCUACAAGUGGAGAGGACUUUGCGAGUCAAAGGGGAACUGCACAUCGGCGGUGUCAUGCUACGUCUGGUCGACGAUCUCGGAAUCGCGAUGAACUGGUCUGACCACGCUUUAUGGUGGCCCGAGAGGAACCACUGGUUAACAAGGACGAGGAGCACCCUCGAUCAGUAUGGCGUCGCAGCGGAUGCACGUUUGCACUUCACGCCGAUGCGCAAAACGCUCAGAGUGCAGCUGCCGGACAUGCGUUGCCUCGACUGCAAGGUCGACUUCUCCGUGAAGACGUUCAACGCCGUCAUCAAUCUCUGCAAGGAAUUAGGUAUCAGACAUCCAGAGGAGCUGUCGUUCUGCAAACCGCUCGAGCCGAACCACCUCAAAUACAAUCUGAAGGACCUGCCGGCGAAGAAGAAGAUCGAGAACCAGAAGAACGGCCAUUGGAACGUGCCAGCAGACACGAACACUUUUAUCCCGGUGAGCCAGAGUCCCAGGGGAUCGACGGGAAGUUUGGACCAGAGCAGCCCCUUCAUGUGCGCACCGGUCACGCCCAACAACAGGAAUCAUAGCACUCCGAUCAGCUCACCGAUCUCGCAAACCGGUACGUGGAAGAGGAACAACAACUCGUCCGGUUUCGGUAGCUCGGACUCGUUCAACGCGAACAACAGCACGAUGAGCCUGGAAGCGUUGAACGGGGCCCUGUCCGAGUCCCUGGCCCAGAGCCCGACCUCCAUCUCGCCCGAGGUCCGAGCGAAAUUGGUCAGGCCGAAGAACCUCGUCGAACGCGCCAGGAUGAACGUCGCGUGGCUCGACUCCUCCUUGUCCAUCAUGGAACAGGGGAUCCGCGAGUUCGACACCCUGCGGCUCAAGUUCAAGUUCUACUCCUUCUACGACCUCAACCCGAAAACCGACGCAGUCAGGAUCAACAUGAUGUACGAGCAGGCCAAGUGGCAGCUGCUGGCCGAGGAGAUCGACUGCACCGAAGAGGAGAUGCUGAUGUUCGCUGCUCUGCAGGUGCAAGUGAAUCUCCAGGCCAGCGUGCCGCAGCCGAGCUACGACAGCAACGGCGCCUCGUCGCCGGUCGAGGACGACAUUGACGCAGCCUUGACGGACCUCCAGGUGACCCUCGAGGGCAGCAACAUCAGCAACGGGCCCAGCGACAUCACCCAGGUCCCGGAACUGUGCGAUCAUCUGCGGUUCUCGAAGCCGAAGCGGUUCACGCUGAAGGCGUUCAAACGCUACUGGGUCACCUGCCGGGACCUUCAGCUCAGGCUCUACAAAACCAGGGAGGAGACCAACAGCAGCGAGGCACCUGCCCACGUGAUCAACCUGCGUGGAUGCGAGGUCACGCCCGACGUGCAUCUCUCCCAAGGACGAUACGGCAUCAGGCUAGAGGUGCCCAGCGCCGAGGGCAUGACCGAGAUGUGGAUCAGAUGCGACAACGAGCAGCAGUACGCGAAGUGGAUGGCAGCGUGUAGACUGGCGGCCAAGGGCCGCACCCUCGCUGAUUCGUCCUACGAGAGCGAAGUGAAUAGCAUCAUCGCUUUCCUGCAAUUGCAGAGGCCCGCCCCCGCACCUGCGAUCAAUCCGACUGCCCUGGAUAUCGUUCCGGACGACUACGUUGCGCCCAGAUUCGUCAAGAAGUUCAAAGGAAAAUUGGUUCAGAGGAUCCUGGAAGCGCACGCAAACGUGAAGGACCUCUCUUUGAUCGAAGCCAAGCUGAAUUAUAUAAAGGCGUGGCAGUCUUUGCCCGAGUAUGGCAUCGCACUGUUCGUGGUCAGGUUCACCGGGAAAAGCAAAGACGAGCUGUUGGGCAUCGCCAAUAACAGGCUGAUGAGAAUGGAGCUUCACAGUGGCGAUCAUUUGAAGACGUGGCGAUACAAUACCAUGAAGGCCUGGAAUGUGAACUGGGAGGUGAAGCACAUGAUGGUACAGUUCGAGGAGGAAAACAUAAUCUUCGAGUGUCAAUCAGCGGACUGCAAAGUGGUCCACGAGUUCAUCGGGGGCUACAUAUUCCUCUCGAUGCGCUCCAAGGAAGUCAACCAAACGCUGAACGAGGAGAUGUUCCACAAACUAACCGGCGGAUGGAUUUAAAAUUCCCGUGGAUACAACCGUAAAGAAAAGAAUAUCUUUUUCCAAGUCUUCGCUCGACGAAGUCUCGAUACGCAAAUUAUUUUCGGAAAUAGAGAAAAAGAGAGAGAGAGCAGAGAGAAAUCUCCGAUCUGAAACGGCGACACACUUGUUGGCUGACACGUUUGUAAAAAUAACGAGAUCUAUGCUUAGACACGCUUUACUCUAGAAUUUGUAAAUAGGUGAACAAGUUGUCCGGUGCGCAACUGUCAGGGAUCCUGACAGGAGACAGGACUCUCGCGGGAGUCCACGUCGGAUCCGUUGGCAAUUAAUCGACCGCGCGACUCCGAGAUACCACGUUGAUAGUCUUCGCUACUUUUGUACAUGACGAUGACACGCAGUUCUUAUCCGCCGAGCAUCUUGUAAUGGAACACACGUAGCUCGUGUAACCGAGCGAAACACGCACAACGACCAUGCAAUACCCGAAACCGCGCCCUUUUCUACACGCGACGCCGUUGAUUAAGGUCAUGAACGAAUUAAUAUUUUUAGAUAAGCAUGCCUAAUACCCUUCCCCGACCCCCCGAUUCCUUCCGGAGAGUCCUCUCGAUGAUUUUGAGGCCGGCUGUGCCCGGGUCGAUCUCCCUCGGGCAAAUACAUGUAUUUUUAUUUUCACGGCAUGGGGUGCUAUGCCGGGCGAGAUCGACCUACGGCCCGCGGCCGUCAUAUUGAAUCGUGUAAAUUAUUUGUUGUUUUAAUGUAAACUAUAUAUAUAUAUAUUAUAUAUAUUAUUAAACAUAUUUACCUGUACCGUUGCAUACUAUCUAUCUACUUAUAGCGGUCACGUUGCCGAACGUGUAAUCAGAAAAACUAUAGUUUUGUAUAUUGAUAGGCGCUAGAUGUACAAUAAACUUAAUUAUUAUUAA